UUUAUAAAAUUGUAUUGACUUUAACAUAAUUAAUAUGAAGACGAAAGUUGUUAUAAAUGUAUAUUUUCACUGGAAAAAGCCUUUUGUAAAAAGGUGAGUGGUUGAGGGCUUAGGCGUGGGAUGCGCCUACGCCUGGCGCAAGAAGGAGCCUGUGCGUAACGUUCAGUCUGGCAGCAGCUAUCGACGCGAAUGCUUGUGUGUGCGACGCGUUUUUAUAUCGCAUGUUGAGACGAACGCGAACACGAAAAUGAGUAGUGGCAAGAGGAAACUAUCGUUUUUGGGCUUCUCACCUCAGGGCGAGGGCGAGGACGAGCUCCGGCUGGACGAAGAAAUGGAGCGGGUGCUAUGGGGAGAUGGCGAGCCCCCGCCACUUGUGGAAUCCACAGCUUCACCGCUUCGGGAUAUCGCUGCACCAGUACCACAAACAACGCAAGAUGGAGGGAGUUUGCCCAGUGUGACAGAAUUGUCACAAACGAGCCCGUUACCGUUGGAUAGCAUGGGGUCAGACCAUCAGAUGUCGAUAUUUUCGGGUUCCGGAUCUGCAGGGAGUCCUCAGGAGGUGGAUGAAAAACACGUGCAGUUCCACGGCGACCGACGCAUCUCCAAAACUGAGUUUGACGACGCAAACGACGAGCGGCGCAAUCAACGAUAUAUCAAAAUGUCUCAACCAUACAAGACACGGAAGUUGAUUGUGCAUGACAACUUGCCCCUGGAUUAUGAGCCGAAUGCUGCGGUAGGCUUGGACGACCACAUGCCGGAGAUGGACCAGGAAGUGUUGCGCAGCCAUCGGAGUGACGACCCGAGAGCCCUGCGACGACAUAAGAUACGCAAGGGCUCGACAGUACACGUCGGUCGAAAGGAUGGCGGUGACAAGGUUGCGGACAUACUCACUGAUUUGACGUACAAAAAAAUGUACGACCAUAGGCCUCACGCGGUCUUCGUCCAACUUGACGAGCUUCUCGCCACCGAGGAUGGUGAUCCAGAAUGGAAGGAAACAGCUCGUUGGAUCAAGUAUGAAGAAGAUGUGGAGGAAGGGUCAGCCAGAUGGGGUCGGCCGCAUGUCGCCUCCCUGUCGUUCCACUCCCUGCUGAAUCUGAGACGGUGCCUAGAGACUGGUGUGGUACUCCUCGACCUCGACGAAAAAGAUCUUCCUGGUGUAGCAUACAGGGUGGUCGAAAGCAUGGUUUCCGAGGGUCUGAUCGAAGAAGACGAUAAGCCGGUCGUUAUGAGAUCGCUUCUACUGAGACAUCGACAUGUACACGACGAACGAUUCAGGUUCUCAAUAGGAGGAAAGAAACAGUCCUCGUAUACCAGUUUACAGUCGCUGUGGCUGGAGGAGCCUGGCUUGGGGCAAGGCGGUGCGAACGGCGCGCGCAUUCGCUGCUCGCAUUGCUCCCCCGCCGGCACCUGUCGCCGGCACAGCGCCCACAUUCUUAGCUUGUCAGAACGUCGUUUUGGGCGUCGAAGUUCCUACGCCUUACCUCUUCAUGAGCGCGCUGAGACACGUAAGAAGACGUCAGCGCCGGGCCUCGACCAGCGUGAGAUAGAGUUCGUGGCUGCGGGAGUCGACGGCUCUCAGGAUGAGCUGCGACGUGGACAUAACGACUCCAUCAUGAAACGUAUUCCCGACGACGCCGAAGCGACUACAGUUCUCGUCGGUGCUGUGGGCUUUCUGGACCAACCGACAAUCGCGUUUGUCCGUCUAGCGCAAGGGAUUUUAAUGCCAUCAAUCACUGAAGUUCCUGUGCCCGUUCGAUUCAUGUUCAUCCUCUUGGGUCCACCUGCCGCCGAUCUCGACUACCAUGAAGUUGGACGUUCAAUUUCGACAUUGAUGUCAAAUCCAUCGUUCCAUUCCAUCGCCUAUAAAGCUGAUGAUCGUCGCGAGCUUCUGUCAGCUAUCAACGAAUUCUUAGAUGAUUCUAUUGUGCUACCACCUGGGGAUUGGGAAAGGCAGGCUUUGUUGCCGUUUGAAGAACUACGUGCUAAAAGUGAAAUGAUAAGGCGACGUAAACGUGACGCAUUAGAACGCAAGAAAGCCGCUGCCGAAGCGGCUUCCCCUCCCUCCGUUGAAAAACAGACGCUGAUUGCGGCCGAAUCUGGAGGGAAACAAGAAAAGGAAUACGAAGACCCUCUUUCUAAGACUGGACGUAUUUUUGGGGGUGUAUUAAGAGAUAUUAAACGUCGAUAUCCAUACUACUUAUCCGAUUUUCGAGAUGCGUUGAACGGGCAAUGUGCUGCUGCCACUAUAUUCAUGUACUUUGCUGCUCUUUCCUCGGCUAUAACUUUUGGUGGUCUACUCGCUGAUAAGACCUACGGAAAAAUCGGAAUUUCUGAAACUCUGGUUUUUACGUGUGCUGGCGGAAUCUUGUUCGCAUUACUGGCUGGCCAGCCCAUGAUGAUCACCGGGGCUACCGGUCCUUUGCUAUUACUUGACGAAUCACUGGCAACGUUCUGCAGAUCCUACGGGUUUGAGUUUCUAGCUGCUAGAAUGUAUUGCGGCAUCUGGAUGAUAGUGAUUGCUCUUUGCGUGGCAUCCGUUGAAGGGAGUGUCGCUGUUAAGAAGAUUACCAGAUUCACCGAGGACAUAUUUGCGUUCUUGAUAUCCCUGAUCUUCAUCUCGGAGCCAAUCACGAAUCUGAUUAGUCUGUACCGAGCGCAUCCUCUCGGUUAUGACUACUGCGAACACAGCGCUAACAGUACCAUUGGAAACAAUACCCUAAAUAAUAAUGCAACCCUGCCCGUGGCAUCUAACCACAUCAAGAUAACGCCUCAACCGAACACUGCGCUUUUUUGCACGAUGCUCACUCUUUCAACUUUCAUCAUCGCCUACUAUCUUCGUAUCUUCCGCAACGGCAAAUUCCUCGGACGCAGUGCUCGUCGGGCUUUAGGAGACUUUGGCGUGCCGAUCGCAAUUGUCCUGAUGGUUGGCUUAUCAGUAUUGGUGCCGGUGUGGACAGAGAAGCUGCAAGUGCCGGACGGUCUCAGUCCGACUGCGGAUCGGUCGUGGCUGGUACCCCUCAACCCUGGCCUGGAAACGAUCCCCAUGUGGGCGGCCUUUGCUAUGGCUUUACCUGCUCUCAUGGUUUACAUUAUCGUGUUCAUGGAAACUCAUAUUGCCGAGUUGAUUAUUGAUAAACCGGAGCGUCGCCUCAAGAAGGGUAGCGGUUUCCAUAUGGACAUCGUGAUAAUGUCAGUGGUGAACGCUGUGUGUGGAAUGUUCGGAGCGCCGUGGCAGUGUGUCGCUACCGUACGUUCCGUCAGCCAUGUGGCCGCGCUCACCGUCAUGUCCACUACACACGCUCCUGGAGACAAGCCCUACAUCGUCGAAGUCAAAGAACAACGUCUUACUGGAUUGCUGGUCGCGGUGCUAGUCGGUAUAUCUGUGUUAGCUUCUGGUUGGCUGCGUUUGGUACCAAUGGCUGUGCUCUUCGGCGUGUUCCUCUACAUGGGUAUCUCAGCUCUCGGUGGCAUUCAAUUCUGGGAUAGAUGCAUCUUGUUGUUCAAGCCGGUUAAACAUCACCCUCAAGUACCGUACGUACGACGGGUUCCUACUUUGAAGAUGCACUUGUACACACUGAUACAGAUCGGUGGACUUAGUCUUCUGUACCUGGUGAAGAGCUCUCAGUAUUCACUCGCUCUGCCGUUCUUCCUGGUGAUGAUGGUGCCGCUACGAAUGGCCCUAGCCUACGUUUUCACGCCUCUGCAACUACGAGCUUUGGACGGCGCCCAGAAAGAAAUAGACAAAGACGAGCCCGACUUCUACGAGGAAUCGCCGCUUCCGGGCUAAGCAGCUUCUUGAUAAAUAUUAAAUACGUUGUAUUCUCGAUCUAACAAGCAUGCGUUUAUCAAAGAAAAUGGAAAUAUAAUUAACCAAUAAUUUCAAAUUCUAUUCGUAGUAGUAGUAGUGUAGUAGAAGUAGUCGAAGUAGUAGUAUUAGUAGUAGUAGUAGUAGUAGUAGUAGUAAUAAUAGUAGUAGUUGUAUUCCAGUUGUACUUUGCCAGUUAGUAAUGGUGACAGCAUGUUAGUAUUCUAAAUAUUUAUGUCAAGAUUUAGAAAAAUAAAAUGUAAACGGUUCGUCAAUCUAUAUCAGAUUCCAUUCAAAUAAGCUCUUUAAUGACUUAUUAAUGUUUCAAUAAUUUCUUUUCGAAUACUUAAAAUCUAUUCCUUAUCACACUCUUUUCUUAAUACAUUCUAAAAUCUAACUCUGUCCUCUUCCUUUUGGAUUUUAAUGACGUUGUUUCUUUCAUUUUAUUUUUUACGUAGAACAAUAUUGAGAUUAUACAAUUUAUUGGGACGCGGGACGAAUCACGUCGAGACAACAUUUAAGGCGAGAACAAUACGAGCCCGUGUUAGAUAGAGCCAUAAGAAAAUUGAUAUUAAUCAAACUUAAGUUAAGUCGUAGAUGUAGAUGAUUAUGAAGUAGAAACUAAAAUUAAUAAUAUAUUACAAUAUGCCUACUUUACGCCACAUUUUUUUCUCUUUCGUUGCAUGUUGCCUACAAAAUAAGAUAGGUCGCAUAAAUGUUAUUGAAAGCUUGAAUAUGUAAACUACGUAGUUAUGGUAGAUUUUAGUAAUUUUAAAUUAUUGUUGUAAAAUUAUUUUGAUGUAUGUUUUCUUGAAAAUAAUAAUUUAUUUAUAAAGGUUGUUGAUUUCAAAUGAGAAUGUGCUCAAUUGAUUAUAAAUUAGAAUUUCUCUAAAUCUAAAAAAAUCCUAUGGUUUUUUAAAUGAAACAGGAUUGUUUAAACAAAAAGUUAAAUACAGAUACGCUCUGUAAUAAAAUUACGAGCCAAAGGUUAGGUGCCAAAGAGAUAUUUAUUGUUUUUCAGUACGAUUCCUUUUUUAAUUUAAAAAUGCGUAGACAAUACGUGGACUGCUAUCUGACCGCGUAAAUGCGUCGUGUAGCACCUGCCUAAGAAAUUAUAAUUCCGAUUUAACUAAUUUUAAUUAGUUCUAUUUAUUGUUAGAAAUGUUUAUUGUUUUAAAAUUGUCAUCUUGUUUAAAAAAUAUUCUAACCAAUUAUUAUUAAAAAGUGAGGUGAAGGGCCUAAGAAAUGUCUAUGUUUUGCCAAAGUUCAAUUUUGCCUAUGUAUUUACUAAGUACUUAAUUUACUAUAUAUUUUUAAUGAGUUAUUUUAAUUUUAGUACUAGUUGUCAAGGAUAGGCUAAAAUGCUUCUUGGAUGUUUGAAUAUUACAUUCCGGACGCCAAAACAAACACUUUAGUAUAUAUUGAGAUUACUUUAGUUUAAGUCUUGUUCUAAUCGUUUUAUUGUUUGUUAACUACGCACAUAAGUGUUUUCGAUUUGUAUUUCAUUUCCAUAUUGUUGUUAAAAUAUUAAACUUGCAGUUUAAAAAGUUAUUCCAACAUCCCAGUGAUUAUGUACAGAAGUAAUGAAUUUUAUGUUAUGAUGAUCGUAAUAUAAAAAUUACUAUUGGUUUAUAAAUAUUUGUCAGGUACUUAAUUGUGGAGUCAAAUAGCCAAUUACAUUGUUAAGGUACUUAUCCAAGGGAGACUAAAUAAAUGGAGAUGGACUUUGUAGUCUAGCUUCUAGUUAUAUUUUGUAUGAUUUCAGUCAACAUGAAAAUCAAUAUUAUUUGGCUACAUUGUUUUGUUUUGUUACAUUGUUAUUCACAGCUCAAUUAAACAUUCCACAUUAGUUUCUUUAGUGAUCCAUCAUAAUAAAUGUAUAUGUUUUAAUGUAAACUUUAAAAUUCACCUUUAUAAAGUCUCGAGCAAAAGGUUCUUCAAACUUGGGGAACUGACAGCCAACCUUCGCUAAUCGGAGAGGCACCUUAAGUAGGAAAACGUUAAUAUGCCAUAGGUUUUGUGUUCUAUUAUGAUAUAAUAUUGGUAUGUGAUUGUCAAUUUUUUAUUAUAUUUUUGACUUUGAGAAUAAACAUAGGUUGCCAUUUGGUAAAUGCAAAUUUAGAAUAAAAGUUUUAUUUUAGUUAUAAAAAAAUCACUGUUAUUAUUAAUGUAAGAUUAUAAAACAUUGUCCAAUUAUUUACUUAAAUUAUUGGUAAUAAAACACAUUUGACAUACAAAUUGAAAGGGUCCUAAUCUGAGUACAAGUAUUCUGCUUUAUAUUAAUUACAGUGUAAUCCCACUGCCAUCACACUUGUAUUAUUUAUCUCUGUUUGUUUAAAGAGAAUAUUUAUUACACCAGUGUUUUGGCAACGGAAACCAACAGUUAACUGGAAUUAGAUUGAUUUAAUAUUGAACUGUUUAAUUAUGUAUGGUUUUAUAAUUUCAGUACAAAUAAUUAAACAACUAAGUUGUAUUUAGUAUUAAGUAACAUAUUAUUUUGAGUAAUUAUAAAUUUGUUUUUAAUUUAUUAAAAAGUUAUAGUUCAAAAUGUGAUCAAUGUACAGUUUAUUUUAGUUAAUAGUUACCAAGUCAAAGGAAUUAAUGUGCUAUAAACAGAUACCUUAAUUUAUUAUAAGUUCCUUGAUUAUUUAUUUAUUUAAUGUUUAUUGCAAAGGAGUGGAUUAAAUUGUC